AAUACUGACAAGAAUAUGGAAAGAUCCUAAUUAAAAGAUUCUUGACCAAGAUGUUUGCAGAUCUUGAUUGAAAAUCAUCAAGAUCCUCUUGAAGAUCCUUGAAACGUUUUCAACAGGAAAAGAAUGCAGGUGAGUAGAUAGAGAGGUGAGGAGGCCAGCUCCUCACCCGAAGCCUGAUUUUUUUCACUUGUUUUUAAUGCUGCUCCCUAACUAGUAAAUGAGUGUUCGAGGAACUCUGUAGAAACUUUUUUUCUCUAGUAAGUUAUUUAUAACUUGUAGUUCUUGUGUUCUUGUGGUAUGCAGUAGCUUAGUAAUACAUAAUUUUUAUAGUUGACUUCUUGAAAUUCAACAGCUUCUCAUUACAAAUCAUUUGUUGUUUACAUGUAUGUGGUUGACUGUGGGAUAUCAUAAAUGUGUUGAACUUGUAGGUCAAUUGAUGCCCGAGAACUCAGGAAGGCUAUGAGGGCAUUAGGAUUUAAGAUUUCAAGGGAAUCCAUAGAGGACAUGAUAGCUGACUUGGAUAUUGACAAAUCAGGGUCAAUUGAAUUUGAUGAGUUUUUGGAAUUUAUAAUUGCCAGACAAGGGGAUGGCAGAGAUGUACACAAUGAAAUUGUGCAGGGUUUCAAGAUGUUUGAUACAGGUGAGUGGCCAACACCAAAUCACUGUAACUGUUAUGUAGCAAUAUUUUUUUUGACAACCUUAAGGGCAGAAGUGAAAAUAGGCCUUUUGCAACAAACAGCCACAUGGCAGAAAAUGUUCCAUUCUGGAGGGCAAACGAAUGUGACAGCCUCCAAAACAAAGCAAUUUCAAUCAGUCAAGCUUGACUUUACCUUGUGUUUUUAUGCCCCAGUGCAUACAUGUAUAAUGCCUUCCAGCAUGGCUGAUAUUAUACAUUGUACCAUAUGACCAUCUGUUGCAAAAGGCCUUUUAUGUUAAGACGAUGAAAAAAUGUGUUGUGUACAUUGUCUAGUUGGGUACUGUUAUAUGUAACAAAUCAUGUUAACUCUUCUUUUGUAAGUUAAGCUUUUUCAGUUGUAAAGUACUGUCAGGUUUCAUGUUAUUGUACAAAGGAAUUUGCUAUAAGAGUUCACUUUCAAAAAAGAUCAGGUGUCUGCAUGUAGUUAGUCUCUUCCAUAGCUGCAACAAGAAGCGUUGCUUGAUGACCCUAAUAAUGGCUGUGCAUGAAACUAGCAUAUAGGAGGGUUUAAAAUAUUUGAAUGUGGCUUGGACCAUAACCAACUUACAACUGCUGACAGUAUUUUACUCAGCAAUACCAAACUUUUUCUUUCAUG